AUGGUUCAGCUCCUCCAGACACUUACAAGAUGCCAGAGCAACACCAGCAGCUAUACCCGCGGCUACACCCGCGGCUACACCCGCGGCUACACCCGCGGCUACACCCGCGGCUACACCCGCAGCUACACCCGCGGCUACACCCGCGGCUACACCCGCGGCUACACCCGCGGCUACACCCGCGGCUACACCCGGGGCUACACCCGCGGCUACACCCGCGGCUACACCCGGGGCUACACCCGCGGCUACACCAGCGGCUACACCCGCAGCUACACCAGCGGCUACACCCGGGGCUACACCCGCAGCUACACCAGCGGCUACACCCGGGGCUACACCCGCAGCUACACCAGCGGCUACACCCGCAGCUACACCAGCGGCUACACCCGGGGCUACACCCGCGGCUACACCCGCAGCUACACCCGGGGCUACACCCGCAGCUACACCAGCGGCUACACCCGCAGCUACACCAGCGGCUACACCCGCGGCUACACCCGCGGCUACACCCGCGGCUACACCCGGGGCUACACCCGGGGCUACACCCGCGGCUACACCCGCGGCUACACCCGGGGCUACACCCGCGGCUACACCCGGGGCUACACCCGGGGCUACACCCGCGGCUACACCCGCGGCUACACCCGGGGCUACACCCGCGGCUACACCCGCAGCUACACCCGCGGCUACACCCGCAGCUACACCCGCGGCUACACCCGCAGCUAUACCCGCGGCUACACCCGGGGCUACACCCGCGGCUACACCCGCGGCUACACCCGCGGCUACACCCGCAGCUACACCAGCGGCUACACCCGGGGCUACACCCGCGGCUACACCCGCGGCUACACCCGCGGCUACACCCGCGGCUACACCCGCAGCUAA